UCCCAGUGCAUCAGCUGAUGGCGGCAGAGCAGCCCUACAGCCGUGCUACUCUUUAGUGAAAAGUUAGGAUACACUUAUCAUUACUAACUGAGGACACUGGAGGAGACGAAACCUGUUUUUGAAGUUUUUUCUUCUUUGACCAGGGUUAGGGAGAAAGUGAAUUAUUUCACAGCAGACGUCGUAGCCUACUUUUGCUCCUCGGCGUCAAAGCUCUUCUCUCCUCAAGGAUUUACACCACGCACGCAGAAUAUCAAGGUGUUUAACGGGACUGAUCCAAUCGCCUUUCUCUCUGCAGGCUUUGGGGAUUGCAUAUAGACCGUUAAGGAUCUGGAUUUGUGCUCACAGCCGGGAUGAUGAUCUGUUGCCUCCUAUCUCUGCUGUUGUUGGAGGCUCAGCUGGUUUUCUCAAUCCCAAACAGUUUCUUCUACCAUGACUUCCUCAAUGGAAAUGGCAACAAAGAAAUUCAUUUCAGUGGCGUGAAGCUCCAUGUGGACUCUGCUCAGCCAUCAGUGUUUGCAGUCACAGGGGGUAAUGCCACCAUGCCAUGCAGGUUUUGGUAUGAGCCUGAGUUGACCUUGCCAAGGGAGGUCCGGGUCAAGUGGUCCUGGCUCCCAACUGUUGCUGGGGGACAGGAGACAGACGUGCUGGUGGCCAUCGGCUCCCGCAGUCGAACUUUUGGGGACUUCAGGGGUCGUGUCCAGCUCAGACAGGAUUUCCCAGGAGAUGCUGCACUUGUGAUGACUGAACUCCAUUUGAAUGAUGCAGGCCGUUACCACUGUGAGGUGGUGGACGGACUGGAGGACAAGAGCAUUUCAGUUUACCUGGAGUUACAAGGUGUGGUGUUUCCCUACCAGCACCCUCAUGGUCAUUACCAUCUAAGCUUCCUGGGAGCCCAGCAGGCCUGUGAGGAGCAGGGUUCGAUCCUGGCAACCUUCCCACAGCUCUUCCAGUCCUGGAAGGAGGGCCUGAACUGGUGCAAUGCAGGCUGGCUGGCUGAUGGGACAGUCCAGUACCCCAUCACCCAGCCCAGAGUGCCCUGCGGGGGGCACGGCCUUGCCCCGGGUGUCCGGAGCUACGGCAGACGACAUCUUCACCUUCAUCGCUACGAUGUCUUUUGCUUCUCUUCUUCACUCCAAGGGAAAGUGUACUAUCUUCAGCCCUCUCACAAGAUGAACCUGACUGAGGCCCAGCAGGCGUGUCAGGAGGACGGAGCAGAGCUCGCCAAAGUCGGACAGCUCUACUCCGCCUGGAAACUAACGGGGCUGGACAGAUGUGACGCAGGCUGGCUGGCUGAUGGAAGUGUCCGGUAUCCCAUCACAAAGCCACGGAGAAACUGUGGCCCCUCUGAGCCCGGGGUGCGCAGCUUUGGCUUUCCACCUCCGCAGCACAAGCAUGGGGUCUACUGCUACAAGGCGGGUGAUAAAUGAAUGUAGAUCCUCUUCUCGGGGGUCAGAAAUGUAAAGUUGGCAAUGGUUUCUUGAAAAUAUGUAUCCGUAUGAGCAAGCUGCUUCAUUAGUAUUGUGGAAACCUUGGAAACCUAAAGAGUAACAAUAGAAAUCUGACGGGUCCUGAGAAGAUUAAAAGCAGCCAAAAAAAGCUUUUACACUAAACAAAAUUAUAUUGACUUUUUCAGAUAUUCCUCAAUUUUUUCUUGUGAUGUACCGGAUCAUUUUCUAUGAUCAUGCCUCUUAAACUUUGCAGGAAACAUGGAGGAAAAAUUAAUUUUCUCUCAGUCUUUGUUUAACUAAGUUAGAGUGUGUUGAUGGAUCAUGGGUAGAUACGGCUUACAAGUAACAAGUGAAAAAGGUUGGGAGCCACUGGUGUAGUGUUUUCUAUUUUAUCUAUACAUCUCGCUGUAAUUUUGUAUUCUGUGAUUUACUUUAUUUGUACAUGUGAGCAAAGCAUUUACUAUGAUGUCUCAGUAAAUGCUAUUAAGAAUUAAUAAUAAUAAAGCUAGUGAAAU